GAGGGAUUGAAACCAACGUAUAGCGUGUGAGUUUCAUGCUUGUUCCACCAUCUUUCUAGUACUCUAAGAUAUUGAUUGCCCCAUCAGGAUAAAGCAAUGCUUAUUGAAAUCGUUUAGAUUAUAAAAAGGAUAAAAGAAUACUUCUACAGUUUUUUAUCGAAAUAGAGCCAGCCCUUGACUAAUUGUAUGAAUUAAAAAGUAUCUACUUUAUUUAAGGGAGAUGAGUAAUUCGGGUUUGUGGGAAUUCAUUACCCUAAGUUCAGCCAUCAAAAAUGUUGCGAACGUAUAUUGGAAAAGCGGAAGAUCGGUUUAUCACCAAAAGCCCUUUGUAAAUGCUUCAAGGCUAAAGAGACAGGCACCUUUACAUUCAACUCCGUCUAUAAAAAAUGUUGAAGAUGAAAGAAAGGAGGUCGCUUCUCAUGAAAAAGAAAUGAAGAAUGCUACUGAAGGUUUACAAUCAGCGUCGGUGAAUCUCUCAGAAAAGCUGACUACUGACGAAGCGAUGAAAGGGAAGUCUACCUUAAGUCAGGAUGAAAAUAAGGGAAUGAAGAGUGCAUCCGUGGUUUCCGACGGGGUUGUUAGCAACAGUAAACCUCAUAUCAAUUCUAAAGUUACUCUUGACUCUGAUACAUACCCUACAACUAAACAAAGUCAACCCGAUAAACUGCACGAGCAUAAAUUAGAGAAGGAUAUUUUGAAAGAAAAAGACGAUAGCCAGAAGGAGUUGAAACCGGAAACAUUUCAAAAGCCUCCUAACAUCCCGCUUACGUCUUCAAAAGUUCCCUCUUCACAAUGGAGUAGACUCUGGCAUUACGGAGGUCUUGCAACAUCACUCUCUGUUGGCGCUGUAGGAGAAAAACUAAAACGAGUAUGGGGAUCCAGUAAAGACGAGGGUGAUGUUUUACUCAAUCAAAGGAACAUCGAAGUAUUGGUUAACAAGUUAAGUCAAAUGAGAGGUGCGGCUCUAAAACUCGGACAAAUGCUUUCGUUUCAAGACAGCAAAAUGUUUCCUGGGCAUAUCGCACACAUUUUAGAGCGAGUGCGUGACAGUGCUCAUGCGAUGCCUGACAAGCAACUUGAAAAGGUGAUGACCCAAAAUUUGGGUAAAGAAUGGAAAAAACUAUUUUCUGAGUUUGACAAAAGUCCUAUGGCAGCAGCUUCUAUAGGACAAGUUCACCGAGGCAGAUUGUCCUCCAACGGAACGUUAGUAGCAAUCAAAGUCCAGUACCCUGGUGUCAAAAACUCCAUUGACUCUGAUUUAAAUAAUUUAUCUAUAUUGUUGAGGGCGUCUCGCUUAUUGCCUAAAGGCUUGUUUCUGGAGAACAGCAUCGCAGCUGCUAGAAAGGAGUUAGCUUUGGAGUGUGACUAUACGCGCGAGGCAGACUUUGUGGAAAGAUUUGGAGCGCUACUGAAUCACGACAGCCGUUUAAAGAUUCCCAAAGUUUUCAGAGAAGCAUCUGGUCCCUCCGUGUUGACGUUGGAGUAUCUACACGGUGUAGCUUUAGGAAAAAUGGUGUAUACGCAAGAGCUUCGAAACAAAAUAGGAACCAUUUUAACAGAAUUAUGUUUCAAAGAAAUUGCUGAAUUUCAUUGUAUGCAAACAGAUCCUAAUUGGUCGAACUUUCUGUAUAAUACAGACACAGGCCAGUUGGAACUUUUGGAUUUUGGAGCCUCUAUUGAAUAUAGCCAAGAAUUUAUAACUAAAUAUUGUCGGCUUUUGCUUGCUGGUGCUAGACGGGAUAAAGACACUUGUCGAAAACUGUCUGAGGAACUAGGGUAUUUGAGUAGACACGAAUCAAGAGCAAUGGUAAAUGCGCACGUGGAAUCCAUUUUUACUCUUGCUGAACCUUUUGCAUUCGAUGCCCCAGAUGUGUAUAAUUUUGGGCAGCAAACGAUUACAGAACGCGUAAAGAAGCAAAUUCCACUUAUGCUGCAAUUGCGGCUUCGACCGCCUCCUGAGGAGACGUAUUCUCUUCACCGAAGAUUGAGUGGGCACUUUUUAUUAUGCUCCAAACUGGGUGCACAAAUACGGUGCAAAGAAGUAUUUCAAAAAAUAUUGAAGCCCUUCAACAACUGAACUAUUGCUUUAGAACGAUCUAUACAACACAAUUCAUGAAUUCAGUUACAAGAAAACGAUGUGGAUGACAAUGCUUAUGAAUACGAUCCAUGUUUAGUUUAUGAAAGAUUCUUUGAAAAUCCAAACCCUAUCAAUAUUAUUUAAACCCAAAAACUAGUUGCAGUAUAUGAAUAUAACACUUAAAAAGAUGGAGGUGCACCAAGAAUCGUGCCAUUGCCCGUUGGUUGAUCGACGCUCAUAAAGUUAUCUUGCUGUUGCUCUUCAGAAUUUCCAAACAGCUUAUUCUUGUUCUUCUUUUCUUUGUUGCCGCUCACAGCUUCGAUUUCUAUCAAAUGUUAGAUACACUGUCUUUGUAAUUUUCUAAUAUUUACCCAUCAUAGCAUCGUCUAAAUGGAUGCCUUGUUCAGCUAGACGCUUUAAAGACUAAGAAGUCAAUUGUUAGUAACCCGUUUUGAAUAAAUCAAGUUCAAUUAAAUUAUUGAGCAAACAACUCGUCUUUUGCGAGAAAAAGCCAGCAUCUACUUGGUAGGAGAACCACGUACAUAUUUGCCAUUUCUUAAAUGUUUCUUGAUAGUUUUUUUGCUAGGAACGCGGCCAUGGAUAAUGGAGUCUGGGUUUCUUUUUGCAGACUUUUUCCUGUCGUUUCUGUAAGGCAUUGGUAACGAAUGAAGGGGAAAUUCAAUGGAUGUUGUUGGUUUAAUUUGUCUUUUCACUUGACAAUUUGUUUCCCUUUUUCUUCGCUUGAGUGUGUUAUUGGAAAUUGUGAAUCGAAACGCAAUUAUGAUGCUAACUCACUAAAAUGUAAAUAAAAACAAACCGCCAAAGAAAAGUAAAUAUAUACUCUGAUAU